AACCCCUAGAAAGGUUCCGCGCCUACCAUUAGUAUUUACAGAGUCGUCUAAGGCAUUAGAGGUGAACAGACCUAAGCUCGCCUUUGCAAACUGCAUAAUGAGGUUGCAGAAGAAGCCUUUCCGCAUAUCCUCCGUGAACCUAUACUUGACCUUAUUCUCCUUCAUCGUUCUGCUCAAGCUCGGUUAUGCAUUAUGGUUGAGCAAGCUCUCGAGGGGUCAUACCAGGAAGUAUAGUUACAUCGGGAAUGACUAUCCUGAGAGGUGGCCUAUCGAACGAUCUACAGUUCUGAUGGCGUCAGACGCCUCGAACAGAUACCAGUUCAACACCACUGACGGCAAAGCAGAGUGGGCGUCACUCGUACCAGGAGACGGGGUCGUCCAUCUUGGUAAAGAGCAACAACCGUAUACUUUGUCAAUGGUGCACCAACUACGUUGCUUGAACAUCCUUCGAGCAGAGAUUGUGAGAGACAGGAGUACUCCGGGUCCUGGGGAGUACACUGAGUUGGCCAGACAUUGCUUGAAUUAUAUCAAGCAAAUGAUGUUAUGUCGUGCUGAUGCGUAUCUGGAGCCUUUCUGGUACGACAAUCAUAACGGCCCCAUCGACCUCUAUAGUUUUUAUGAGUGCAAGGAUUGGGGUGCAGUGUAUGGCGAGAUAAAAAAGAAUCAAGAGGAGUACAUAAAGGUGGCAGAACGCUGAUCUGGAGCUGUUGGAUGCCAGUGGUUGUUAGUAUAGGCAAUGUAGAAAUAUGAGGCAAAAUCCAAGGAUGCGCCGGUGACAAUAUAUGCGUAAAUUCCGCAGGAGAAUUGUAACAGAAGAAACCCAGAGAGACAUCUGCUAUUUGAAUGUAUACGUCUGAUGUGUGCUGGUACGUGAGUCUUGGGAUAACAGUGUCAAUUUUAAGCGAACCUUGCCUGACCUGUAUUCACAUCAACGGCUAAAGUGUACAGACGACGAGAUAUCCCUGCAUAUAUUCAUGCAAUACAUAUCCUUCGCUUCA